AACAAAGAUUCAUCACUAUUGAGUUUCUCUCUUUAGUAAAAUCAUGGCUUUAAGUUGUGUUUUUGCUUUCUUGCUUGUUGCUGUGUUUGCAGUUUCGAUCGGAACUGCAUUCCGAGGAAGUGAUAAGUUCAAAAGUAAGCAGUUUACUUUUGAAUGCCCUAUGGAAUAUGGAGUCUUCGCCAAUCCAGCAAACUGUCGCCGUUUCUACACUUGCAAUGGUAACAUCGCUUACGAUACACCUUGUCCUUCACCAUUGUAUUUUGAUGAUGCGAAGAAGCUUUGUGUAUACAAAAGUAAAGAUUUGCAGUGUGGACCUGUUCCAGUUACAACACCAGUGCCAACAACCCCGGAUCCGAAUGCUGCUUUAAGCUGCCAUCCUUCUUGCAAGCUGCCAGAUUGUUUCUGUAGCGAGGACGGUACUUUGAUUCCCGGAAACCUGUUGCCGAGAGAAACUCCUCAGAUGAUAAUCUUAACUUUCAGUGGAGCUCUGAAUGUAUUAAAUGGAGAACCCUUCGGAUAUUUACUAAACGAAACUCGUCUUAACCCAAAUGGCUGUCCUAUGCGAGCUACCUUCUUUGUUCCUCAUGAAUACACCAGUUAUUACUAUGUUCAGAAGCUGUAUGGGCAAGGCCAUGAGAUGUCUGUUCAAUCAAUAACAAAUAGAGAACCCGAAGAAUUCUGGUCUCAAGCAAGUACUGAAGACUGGGUUGAAGAGGUUAUUGGGCAGAAAGAGAUCAUGCAUAAAUUUGCUAAUGUGUCUAGGGAAGAUAUUCUAGGCAUGCGAGCUCCUUUCUUGAAGCCUGGGGGCAAUAAGAUGUUGGAAGUCAUCUACGACUAUGGUCUAGACUACGACUCCUCUUUAGCUGUGCCUUACUCUGAAGUUCCUCUUUGGCCUUACACCUUGGACUAUAGCAUCCCACACAAAUGUCUUCCUGGAAAUUGUCCAACCAGAUCAUUUCCUGGAAUUUGGGAAUUUCCUCUUAACACUUACACUUCUGAUGAUGAAACUGGUGGAUCCUGUGUGUUCAUGGACCAAUGCGUAUUUCCAGAUGACCCUGAACAAAUCUACAACUUCUUGGUGUACAAUUUCUUGAGGCACUACACGACUAACAAAGCUCCCUUCGUUUUGAAUUUCCACGUCAACUGGGUAACGGAUGAUGCCAAGGUCUCCGCUCUCGAUGUAUUUAUUGAUUAUGUGCUCGAAAAUUAUCCAGAUGUGUGGUUUGUUACCAUGCAACAAGCUAUUCAAUGGAUGCGUUCUCCCAUGCCAUCCGAGAUGGUGAAGAGUUUUGAAGCCUGGAAAUGCCCGAGAACCAGAACCCCUGGAUGUAACAUUCCUCGUACAUGUAGAGUGAAGUUGCAUGAUGGUAGUCGCACUGAACUUAGAUACUUGCAGUUGUGUGGCAAGUGCCCCGAGAGGUAUCCUUGGUUGCAUAACAUCAGGGGUACUAAAGAAGCCAAACGAGUAAAGGACUUGGUUCAGAAAUCAACUGUUUAAAUAACGAAACUGUUAAUUGUUAGAUUUUUAAUUUGAAGUUAAUAAAUGAGCAUCCAUUCGAA